AUGCGCGCAUUAGCCUUGGUUUUAUCGACCGCCGCCGCUCUUGUGGGCUUCUCAAGCGUUGUCGCAACUCAAGAAGGGCCUGAAAUAACCGAGCCCGCCGUGCUGCCAUCCAUUGAUGACGAGGUCGAGACCUUCACCCCUGAAUUGACGCCGGAGGAUGAGUACUUUGUCGAUGAGUCAGAGGGAGCAAGGCUGGCCAAGAGGACUCCGCCUGCGGGAGUGUACAUCUGCAACAACAAGAAUUGGUUGGCACCAUGCAACUGGAACAAGCUCACCGACUCGAAAUGCUUGGACUACCCUUCGGAUGCUGGUUCUUCUGUCGGGCCACCCAAUGGUUGGCAGUGCAAGAUCUACUAUGCCAAAGGCUGCGCAGCGACCAACGGCAUGACGGAUGGGAAACUCACGUACCCCGGCACAGCGAACCUGGGUGCUUUGUACAACAACUAUGGCAAGCCUGCGUCGAUCAAAUGCAGGCAAUGCCCUCAGGGAACAAAUUCGCCUUGUCUCAACAACAAGGCUCCAGACUGGAAUGAGGCCGUGGCUAAAGCUGGAUAUGGAGGUUCUGACGGACAGUGUUCAUCUUGGGUAUCCGGAAAGGUUGUCCACUCAUCUUGUCUUCCUGCGCCCAAGAUUUCCUAG